AUGUCUGCCCUCGAUCAGGAGGUCAGCCGCACGCUGGACCAGGCCCGCGCGUCGAUCGAGCGCCUCUGGGAGCUCGGGGCCAUUGGCAAGUCCGAGCUCCAUGCCAUUUUGGAAAUGCUGCCGGACGGCCCGAUGAGCCGGACCCAGGUCACCGAGGAGUACCCCUCGCCGGGGUACAGCGCCCGCCAGGCGGCCGCCGCCAGUCGGCCCCAGCGCCCCUCGUCCAUGGCCGUCACGCGGACCUACGACACGGAGCAGUUCCCGGAGUCGAUCUACUCGCCCUCCGGUACAUUGGGCUAUUCCCCCGCGCCGAAGGCCACCUCCUCGGCAUACCAGGCCGGCGGGGGGGUUGUCCCGAUGCCAGUGCCCGGUGCCGGGACCUGGGCCGAUUCGGCCUACGGCAGCGGCAUGCCAAUGCCCCCGGCACGCGGCCGCGCCGAGAUCCCCCCCUACCACCGGCCGCCGGUUCUCUUCACGGCCAUAUGCCAGGAGGACUUCGGCCUGUAUGACACCAAUGCCCAGAGCGAGUAUCUUCCCCUUCGCCGCGGCCAGCCCGUGGAGGUGACCAGCACCGGCAACAACCAGUGGUGGUUUGGCUAUACCGGCGACGGGCGCUAUGGCAAGUUCCCCUCCUCCAUCGUCAAUGUCCCCGGGACAUCCACCGCGUCGCCCCAGCAACGCGGGGACAUGCCCAUGCAGCAGCCGACGCCCGGCGCGCCGCGCAGCCACUCCAGCAACAAGACACUGGAUGGCGCCAAGCGCGUCGGGUCGCGGUUCGCCAACUCGGCGGUCGGAGGCUUUGGCCUAGGCCUUGGCCAGGGAAUUGCCCGGUCGAUCUUCCGAUUCUAG